AUGAAUGAUAUGAAAGAGACUAACAUAAAUUUAAAUGAUGAAAAAAAAAAAGAAUACAAAAAUAAAAUAACAAAUUUUUUUAAAAUAAAAUAUGAAGUAAAAAAAAAUGAAUCGAAUCAAGAUUUAAAUUUUAAAAUUAAUGAUGACAAUAUUCCUAGCGGUUCACAUUUAAAAAAUAAUGGUAUAGAUGCAAAAGGGACUAUUUUAAAGAAAAAAUUAAUUGAAGAUAAUUUUUUUAGAAAUGAUAAAAAUUUUAGUGAAAAAAUACAACUUAAAUAUAUCAAGAAAAAUGACAAAAAUUAUUCAGAGACAAAAAUGGAAAAGCAAACAAAAAAUAAUAAUUUAAUUUUAAUUAAUUCAGACAAUAAUAAAAAAAAUUAUGAAAAUGUAAAUUUAAAUUUUAUUCCAAAAGAUACAAAAAGCACAACUAUAUAUGGAACAAAUCUAAAAAAAAAGGAGACUAAUACAGAUUGUAUCAUAAAGAAUACAAAACGAGGUAGAAAAAGAAAAAAAAAAAUUGAUGAAGAAAAUAACAUAAUAAAUAUAAAUGAAAAAAAAGAAAAUACAAAUAAAAAUAAUUAUGAUUUAUGUAACUUUUCAAAUAAAAGUAACGUUAAUAUUAAUAAUGAUUUAACUAGAAGUAAAAUAAAUAUUAUAGAAGGUAAAAAUUCCAAAAAAGAAAAUUCAACAAAUAAUUUUAAUAAUGAUUUACCUGAAAACAAGAUAUAUCAAGAAACAACCACAAAUAUUCCUAAUGAAAGUAAAAAAAUAGUAAAAUCAAGAAAAAUAUCUUUAGUAAACUUCUUUGGAAAUGAUAUAGAAAUUACAGUUAAUGUAAAUGAAGAUAUAAAUUCUGAAAAUGAAACAAGUAGCGAGAAUAGUUUUAAAUGCGUUAAAAAUAAUAAUAAAUUAAAAUUUAAUAAUGCAAAUAUUGAAAGUGAAAAAGAAAAAAAAAACUUAGAAUCAUUAUAUAGGAGAAAUUCGAUUUCAGAUUAUGAAAAUUAUAAUCAUUCAAAUUACAGAAAUGAAAUAGAUAAUAGAAAAAAUCAAAUUGAAAAUAAAAAAGUUAAUAAUAAUCAGAAAAAAAAAAAUACAUCAAAUAAUACUUUAAUUGAUAAAGAAAAUUCACACAAUCCUCUAACUGCAGACAAAUUAAUAAUUGAGAAUAAAAGAAUACUAAAAUCAGAUAAUGAAUUAGACUCACAAAGUAUCAAGAGGAAAAGAACUAAACGAAUAAGAAAUAGUUGCAUCGGAAUAGAAAUAAAAAAAGAUAAUAAAUAUUUUAAUAAUAAAGAUAAGAGAAGAUCGUGUUUAAAUAUUGAAUUCACUAAUAAUUUAGACAAAAAAGAAAAAAAUAACUUAAUUCAAGAUAUAUUACCUAUAGAUGUAAAUAAUAAAGGGAAAGAAGAUAACAAAAAUGUGGAAAAAAAAAAAGAAGAAGAAAUAGAUAGAAAUAAUUAUAAUAACAAUUUUUAUCAGUUGCAAAAUGUGCAAGAAAAAUUAACUUCAAUUAAAAAUAAUUAUAGAUUAAAUGAUAAUGUAAGUGAUAUAUUAAAUGAAAAAAGAAAAAUAAAAAUUUUAAGGAUCUUAAAUAAAUAUUAUUUUGAUAAGGAAUAUAAUAAGUAUAUUAAUUUAAAAAAUAAAAAAACAAAAAGCAAAAAAAAGAAUUCUAUAGAAUUAUUAAGAGAUAAAUCUAAUAAGCCUUAUACUUUUUUUAUUGCGGGAAAAUUCAUAUAUUUCAGCAAUUUUGUACUAACUAAAAAAUUGAAAGAUAUUGGAUAUAGCAUUACUAAUAAUAUUCGAAGAUGUAAUUCAUUAGUUUUAGGAUAUGAUUUAAGCUCAGAUAUUUUAAGAAAAAUUUCAAAUUUUGAUGGUGAGAUUUUUAAUGAAAAACGUAUUAUGGAGCAUUUAAAAAUAAAUUUGCAAAAAUAUCUUAAUAUUUUUACUCCAAUAAAUAAAAAUAAUGGAAAAAAAUAUAAGUUUUAUUUCAAUGAAACAAACAUAAAAAAUGCUGACGUUUCUUUGAUAGAUAACAAAUUACAUAAUUUCUGCAAAUCCAUAAGUAAUUUAUUGGAUAGCAUUAAUGUAAAUAACUUAGACAAUAAUGUGCUAAAUGAUUUAAAAAAAAAAUUAAAUAAUUUUUUAUUAUUUUUGCAUAUUUCCAAAAACAAAUUUCAGUCAGACAUAAAUUCCAUUUUGUAUUAUUAUAAAAAAAAUUAUGCACUUAUAAAUCUACUCAAUGAAGAAAACUUUACAAGCUUUAUUCUAUUCUUUAAAAAAAUAUGUAAUUUGUUUUCAACCUGUUAUAUUAAUAAUAACCUUUUAACUUUGGAAAAUAAUAUUACUAUUGAAAUAUACUUAAAAAACGAGGAAAAUUCAAAGGAGGAUCAUAAUACUAAAAAAGAGAGUUUAAAAAUAGAAGAGAAAAUAAAAGAAGGGAUAAAUGAAAAUAAUGUAAUAAAUAAUAAAACAGAAAAUACCAGAAAAAAUGAAAUAUUACAUUAUACAGAAAAUAAUGAAAGCAAAAAUUUUGUAAAUGCUCGUAAAUUUUAUAUGAAAAACGUAACAGAGAAUGAAAUACAAAAAGAGGAAAUUUUGAAUAAGGAAAAAUACUGUAAAGAUGAUUUCUUAUUUGAUCAUAUGGCAAUUAAUGAUUAUUUUGAAGAUAGAGAAUCGAAUGAAAUUUCUAACGAUAAGGAAGCCAAUGAUAAUUUAAAUUUAGUCGAAAAUAAAAUUUUACAGAACAUAAAAAAGAGUGAAAAGUUAAAAAAAAUAGAUAAUUUAUGGAGUAGUUUUUUUAAACCUAAUAGCCUGUAUGAAAUUGCUGGACAUAAAAAUGAAAUUUUAAGGUUGUAUAAAAUUUUAAAAAAAAAGUUUCAUGAUCAUAUUAUGAAUAUAAAAUAUGAAAAUGUAGACUAUAUAGAAAAAGUUGAAAAAAAAAAAAAUACAAAAAAAGAGAUAGAAUCAGAUAUAAAUAUUAUUUUUCUUAUUUAUCCUCCCAAUUCUGGAGUAAAAAGAUUAGUAGAAUUAAUUUGUUAUGCAUGUGAUUUGUGCCCUAUUUACGAAAAUAAAGUACAAAAAUAUAAAAACAUAAAUUAUUUCUUUAAAUAUACUCAUGGUUUGAAAGCAAUAUCAAUAUAUAAUGCAAACAGAUUAGAUAAAAAUUCAAUAUACGAAUUAAACUUAAGAAAUGAUGUAUGUAUAUGCUUAUAUGAAGAUAAAAAUUAUAUUAUUAACAAUUUUAAUAAUUUUAAUCCACCUUUAUUGGAUAACAUCAAACACUUUCUUAUUAAAUUUUCAUAUCCAUCUAAGAAGGCACUAUUUUAUAGAUGUUUUGCUGUUUCUUCAUGUGUUAUAAAAAACUUAAAAAAAAAAACUUUUAAGUUAUUAUUUGAAAUAUGCAAAUUAAAGAAUUUUUCAUAUUCUAUUGAAAGUGUUUACAAUAAGUUACAUUUAAUAUCUAUUUAUAUAAAUUAUAUUAAAAAUAAUUACUCUUUUGAAAAAGAAUCAGAAUCUAAUAAUAAAAUGAAUGUGAAUAAUUUAAAGAAGAUUAUAAUAUGUGAUAGUAAUGAUAGUAAUACAAGUUCUAAUAUAUAUGAUGAUGAUAAAAAUCAUUUAUUAAAUAAUAAAUUUGCAGACAAAAAUUAUUUAGAAAAUAAAAAUGAUAUUUCUUUUCCAAAUAAUAUAAUAUAUGAAUAUAUCACAAGUCACCUUUUAAAUAGAUUUUUAAUUAAUAACCAUGAGGAGAUUGAAUACGAUAUUUUUAAACAAAAUGAUAUGACCUUAUACAAAUCAAGUAAUUUAAAAAAUUUGAACAAAUUAAAUAAUGAUUAUUAUUUUUAUGGAGGAUUUGAUUUAGAAGAAAUAAAUGAUAUAGUUUACGAUUGCUUUGAUAAACUUUAUCUUAGACAUAAAAAUGAUGUAAUUUUAGACUUUAACAUAAAGAAAAAUAAUAUGUUAGAAGAUAAUAUUGAUUAUUUGUAUAUGAAUGAUAAAUCUAAAAAAGAAAGAGAAAGCAUUUUAAUAAAAGUUCUAGAGCUAUAUUUAUUUUCUUCCAUUCUUAUAAAAACAAACGAUAUCAAUAUUUCCUUAAUUGCUAUAGAUAUGGUGGUUUAUUGGAGUACAUUUCUGUAUAUGAAUCCAUCAUUUUCAAGAACAAAACAUAAAAAACAAAAAAGCAUUUACCAAAAUGAAGAAACAAUAAAUUUAAAUAAUAAUGAUUAUAUAAAUCAAAUCAAAUUAAAAGACCAAUUUAAAAAUAAAAUUGAUAAAUGUAAUAAAAUAUAUUCUGAAAAAAUAAAAAAAUACAAACAUCUCAUGCUUCAUUUUAAGUUUCCAUUUAAUUUUUCAUCAGCAAAUAUAGUAUAUGAUAUUUUACAAUCUAAUAAAAUUGUCAAUUUCAAUUUAAAAAAAAAAUAA